CUGACAUCACCAGAGGGACAGUUGGGCUCGGGUAUGAAUAGUGCUUCCUAAUGUCAGGCACGGGUGAGUUAUUGUUGAGUUACUUGUAACGCGGAAGUCAAGCAACCUCUCCGAAUCCAGAACACAUGGCAGGGGUCUGACCAAUCAGAGACAAGUAAGCAAAGAAGCUUUAUAGCCCUUAACAUGCAUACCACAGGAGCAACAAUGCAAGUACAUCAGGAAGACUUUGAAAAAGCACAAAGUAAUCUGAAGUUAUUGAAGAAUGAUCCCGGCAAUGAAGUAAAACUGAAACUGUAUGCAUUGUUUAAGCAGGCUACACAGGGACCUUGUAACGUAUCUAAACCAGGUAUGUUGGACUUUGUUAAUAAAGUGAAAUGGGACGCCUGGAAUUCUUUAGGAAGUUUGUCAAAGGAUGACGCAAGACAGUCCUAUGUGGAACUUGUUUCCAGUUUGGUGUCUUCUGAAUCUCCCACCAAAAAUAAUACAGAGCCAAGUAUAGGCCAUAAGAUGUAUGAAACUAUUCAGGUUUCCUGUGAGGACCGUAUUACCAAAAUAUUUCUAAAUCGUCCAGAAAAGAAAAAUGCUAUUACUCUUAAGAUGUAUGAGGAAAUUGGAAAAGCGUUGGAAGAAGCUGGCAAAGAUGAAUCUGUUUUUGCUGUCUUAUCUGGUGUUGGCGAUUACUUCUGCAGUGGCAAUGAUUUAAACAAUUUUACCAACAUCCCACCAGAAGGGAAAGAAAAGAUGGCAAAUGAUAGUGCAGACUUGUUAGAGGCAUUUGUUAGUAAAUUCAUUGAUUUUCCAAAGCCUCUAGUUGCCGUUGUAAAUGGGCCAGCAACUGGGAUCUCUGUGACUAUAUUAGGAUUAUUUGAUCUUGUGUAUGCAACUGAUCGUGCCACAUUCCACACUCCAUUCAGCCAGCUGGGACAGAGUCCAGAAGGUUGUUCUUCUUACACCUUUCCUAGAAUGAUGGGUUUAGGAAAAGCCACAGAGAUGCUUCUUUUCAACAAGAAGUUGACAGCACAUGAAGCUUGCAAUUUAGGACUGGUAACUGAAGUUUUCCCUGACAGUUCUUUCCAAAAAGAAGUAUGGGAAAGGCUUAAGGAAUAUGGUACCCUGCCUAAAAAUUCACUGGCCUUCUCCAAGCAGCUAAUUCGUGUCAAUGAAAAGGAAAAACUUCAUGCUGUAAAUAUUCAAGAGUGUGAACGCCUUAAGGAAAGAUGGUUAUCAGAAGAGUGCAUGAAUGCCAUCAUUAGCUUCUUCCAAAAUAGAGCUAAAUUGUGAAUGAAUUUGAAAUGUAAUGGUCUAUUUAAUGCAAAGCUGUUAUAUGCAUUUUAUUAAAACAGGUUCAUGUUUUUCAACUGA